AUCAACCAAUGAAAUUGUCAUAAGGCCCAAGCAGAUAUGACUUGCAAGCAUUGCUCCACCCCUACUAAAACCAAGCAAUAAAUCACCCUUAAUCAGUUAAUCUAUUCUUACCACCCUCAUCCCUGUCUCUCACUUUAGACCUCAAGUAAUGGAAUUCUCAUAUUCUGUAGCGGCAAUUGCAGGGAUUUUAGGAUUGGUACUAUUCUACAAACUAUGGAGGCCAGGGACUCCAGGCGACCAAAGUAAGCACCUAGUGUUAGCCCCAGAACCUUCAGGAGCCUUGCCACUCAUAGGGCACAUGCUCCUCCUUCGCGGUCAACGAACCCUUGCUCAUACCUGGGCAGUCAUGGCUGAUAAAUAUGGCCCUAUCUUCACUUUCCGGCUUGGAGUGUUCCCUGCCCUUAUAAUUAGCAAUCAUGAAGCAGUCAAGGAGUGCUUCACUACCAACGACAGGGUAUUAGCUAAUCGUCCACGAUCAAAUGCGGGAAUAUACCUCGGCUACGAUCAUGCAGGCUUUGGCUUCGCUCCUUAUGGAGAGUAUUGGCGCCAGGUACGAAAACUAGCCAUGGUUGAACUUCUCUCUACCCGUAGGCUUGAGACAUUAAAGCACGUCCAUAUCUCCGAGGUGAACGCAUUUAUCAAAGAUUUGUACUUGUUUUGCAUGUUAAACCAACAAAAUCCCAACCCAAAGUUGGUCAUUAGUCAAAAACUUGAAGCCCUGACCUUGAAUACGAUCAUGAGAUUGAUGGCAGGCAAGAGAUAUUUCUGGGACACCACCGAUGGGGAAGAUGAUGAGGAAGCAGCACAUGUGGCAAAAGUUAUCAAAGAUUUCAUGUAUGUUUCUGGACUUAUAUCUCCAUCGGAAGUGGUACCGUUUCUAGGAUGGAUGGAUUCCAUGUUCAUGGGACAAGUGAAAUCCAUGAAGCGUGUUGCAAGAGAAAUAGAUUCCAUUGUUGGAGAAUGGGUGGAGGAGCAUAAACUAAAGAGGCUGAAGAUUGAAGCAAAACCAGAAAACACUCCGGAUUUCAUCGACAUAAUGUUAUCUGCAAUUGAGGAGGAUUCCAUGUUUGGCUACUCUCGAGAAACAAUUAUCAAGGCUAAUGUAAUGAAUUUAUUCUUAGCAGGCUCAGACACAACAUCCAUUACAUUGACAUGGAUAUUGUCAAACUUGAUGAACAACAGACAUGCCUUAAAGUGUGCUCAAGAGGAGCUAGACCUCAAAGUUGGCAGGGACAAAUGGGUUCAAGACUCUGACAUUGAGAAACUAGUCUAUCUCCAGGCUGUUGUCAAGGAAACAUUGCGGCUAUACCCACCAGGACCGAUAUCAGUUCCCCAUGAGGCAAGUGAAGAUUGUAGCAUCGGUGGCUACCACGUUGGGAAGGGCACUCGUGUGAUUGUGAACCUGUGGAAAUUGCAUCGGGACCCUCAGGUUUGGUCAAAUCCUGAUGUGUUUGAACCAGAAAGGUUUCUUACAAGCCAUGCAGAUGUGGAUGUUCUGGGACAACAUUUUGAGCUGAUCCCAUUUGGGUCUGGGCGACGAUCUUGUCCAGGGAUCACAUUGGCAUUGCAAAUGACACACUUGACCAUUGCCAGCAUACUACAGGGGUUCGAGUUAUCCACACCUUUUGGUGAGACAGUGGAUAUGAGUGAAGGGUUAGGCAUUACCAUGCCCAAGGCUACCCCACUUGAAGUUAUCCUCAGUCCACGCCUUCCUUCUGCAAUGUAUCUGCACAGCACUUAAUCUUAUAGCUGACUGAUAACUAUGUAGGUUAGAUAGCUCUCCUACUUAUUUAGAGCCUCUUUUAGGCUCUAAUAAUGGAACUUCUUUAUCAUGUUUAUAGCAGUUAGAAUUGUAUGAAAGUUAAAUUUCCAGUUUUGAAUGGGUA